AUGCCGCCAACAUAUAAAUCUAAUCUCCAGUUAAGUGACGAAGACAAAAUGGCUCGACGACGUGAACAAAAAAAAAUUAGCAUGCGUCGAGCACGAAAAAAACUGAACGAAAUUGCUAAAGAAGAAAUAAGAAGAAAAGACAGGGAAAGGUAUUAUAAAAAAAAAGAAAAAGGUGAAAUUAAAACUAUUGACCAAUAUACUCCAAGACAGCAGCGUCAAACAAGAAAAAUGUGGCGGGAAAAAUAA